AUGGAGAGCUACACCUCGGUGCCAUUUUCAGAUCGAAAAGGAGGCCAACUGCUUGCGGCGACGAAGGCAGCAACUUGGCUGCAACAGCGGCUACACAGACUCCACAUUCUCUUCCCCGGCACGCUCUUCACCACCAUCAACAAUAAUCCCAAGCUUUCCUUUUCAGCAAGGAAAUCCAUGGAGGAAGUCGGGAAAGAUAUUAGCCUAUCUUCUCUGAAUGGUAUCAGUCUUCAAGGCAAACAUGGCACCCUCAUCUCCACCGCAGCCACUAACCCUGCUUUCCCUAGCAUGAUCUUGCAAGACUUUUUGGCCACACCCUUCAACAAUAUACCUCCAACAACAUCCUCGGGUGUACUCUCCAAUGAAGAACCCACCUUUCUUCACUCUCUAUCACUCACUCCUGCCACAGUAUUGCGCUUGAAUACUGGGUCUGACCCUUUGAGAUCCAACCCUGCAGUCAACAACCGUACCGCUAUUGCACCCUCAUCGCUUGGUGCUGCUCAUAACUCUACUUUUCAAGGUUUCGGUUCAUCUGCAAGGGUUUUCCCUUCCUUUUGCAGGAAAAGGGCUCAAGGAAAUAAUGAAAAUCCCGAUGAUCUCCGGCUUAAGCUAAUGAUGAAGAACAGAGAAUCAGCUGCUCAGUCUAGAGCAAGAAAACAGGCUUACAAAAAGAAGUUGGAACGUGAAGUUGCUUACUUAAAGGAAGAAAAUGCCAAGCUUAGAAAACAUCAAAAGAAGGUGAUGGCGGCUAUAAAUCAGCUUCCAAAAAAGAAUAGGUUAAGCAGAUCCUUAACAACUCCAUUUUGA